UUAACCUAUCAAUUCAAUUGUGCAUCCAAAACCUUUUAAUUAGCUUGUCAAUCAAUUUGGACAUUAUCAUCCAUCUUAAUUCCCGGAGUGAAAGAGCUGCAGCCUUUACUUCAAUCCUCUCAGGAAUUAUUGUUCAAGAUUUAAACAGUGCUCGAGAAUGACUGAUGCACGGGUUCAUCCGGCGACGGCCGACGCUCUGUCUUCCUCAUCCGCAGCGACCUCCGCCAAGGACUCCGGCGAGUAUCCUGUACCUCCAAAUCCUCUUCCGACGAAACCGGUGCCUCCGCCGGACACCUACGUCGUCCAGAUCCCGAGAGAGCAGAUCCUCCGCUAUCCGCCGCCGGAGAACGCCAGGAAGUUCGAAGCCCUCACGCGCCGCGGAAAGAGCCGGCGGAGCUGCUGCUGCUUCACUCUCUCCGCACUCGCUCUCCUCGUAAUUGCCGCCGCGAUAUCCGCCGGAGUGCUCUACCUCGUCUUCAGAUUCAAAUCGCCGAAAUUCGCGGUCAGUAGCGUCGCGAUCAAGGGGAUGAAUCUGACAACAGCCGCGCCGAUCUCGCCGGAAUUCGACGUCACCGUCAGGGCGGAGAACCCUAACGCCAAGGUCGGCAUCUAUUAUUUGAAAGGCAGCGCAAUUAACGUGUUCUACGAAGACGUUAAGCUGAGUAACGGCGUUUGGCCGGCGUUUUACCAGCCGAAGAAGAACGUGACGGAGCUGCGGCCGGCGGUUACGGGAUCAGGGGUAAUUCUAGGGGGCACCGUUAAGGCGUCGUUAAGAAACCAGCAGAGCCAAGGGAAUAUUCCGUUUGUAGUGAGAGCGAAGGUGCCGGUUAAAAUUAAAGUGGGGUCCGUUAAAACUUGGAAAAUCAGCGUUAAGGUGAAAUGUGACGUGGCGGUGGAUGCAUUGAAGGACAAAGCUAAAAUUGUGUCAAAUGACUGUGAUUAUAGUGUGAGAUUAUGGUAGCCAUUUUUUGAUUGCAGAUUAUUACACUGUCAAAUUAUAUAAGGGAUUUAUUUUAUUUUUGUUAUAGUACAAACAAUGGUGUGAUGUAUUAUACUGUUUGAUGCAGAUUAAACAUGUUUUGUUAAAGAAUAAAUGGGGAAGACUAUUGAUAAA